CCACAAAACUAUCAAUCCUCGUACUUUUAAACCGGAACCGGGGGGCUUAUUUGACCCACGGAUAUUUGGUCCUUUUCUUAAUUAUGAAUGUUAUUGUGGUAAAUAUAAAGGUAAAGAAAACAAAGGACAAAAAUGUGAACGAUGUGAAGUUCUGGCAACCAAUUUGAGUAAGUUGUUAGGCAUUCCCUCCAAAAAAUUGGAGGACAUUAUUUAUCUCCGAGCCUACGUGGUUAUUGAUAAUGGUUUAACCAAUUUACUAACAAAAGGAGAGGUUUUGGAAAAAAGAAUAGACCGCUCCCUCAUUAGUGAUAUUUUGCAGGAGAUUAUUCAAAAUAAAGAAUUAAGCAAAAGUGUUAUUGAAGAAGCUAAAGAGUUAAACGAGAAAAUCACUAAAAAGAUUGAUAAAAGUAACGAAGAGAUAACGGAUGUUGUUUUUUUGGAUGACUACUUAGAUUUCUUGGAAAAGCAUUGCCGAGUAAAAAUUUGGACUGGUACCGAAGCCUUUCGAGAACUAUUAGUAGGAAUUGAUAUUGCGGCAGAAUUGGCAAAAGUAAAACAAGCAGUCAAGGAAAAUCCACAGAAAGUUAGUAAUGAAAAAUUAAGGUUCUUGCAAGUAACCAAAUUAAAGGAAGAAGACGUCAUUGCUACUAAUCAGCACAAUAACUCUUUGUAUCGAAUAAUUUUGCGAUGCCAAAGGUUGAACUAUUAUCUUGAUUUAAAUAAAAGUUCUGGAAUUUUUUUUCGGGACAUUAUUCACAAUGAAAAGAGAGGUUUGCAGAAGUCUGUCGACCAAGUAAUAUACGGCUCCACUUAUAAACAGAGUGAAGUCAAAAGUUUGCUGCAAAGUUUAAGUGGUAAGGAGGGAAUACUCCGUCGUUAUUCUUUGGGAAAAAGGGGCGAUUAUUCGGCUCGUUCC